UCUCCGCCAUUGGCACGUUGAGUGCCAGUGGUUUCUCGCCGGCCACCCGCUGACGAACCUGUCGGAGCAGAUGCUCGUGUCGUGCGAUAAAACGGACUCUGGCUGCGGUGGUGGCCUGAUGAACAACGCCUUUGAGUGGAUUGUGCAGGAGAAUAACGGCGCCGUGUACACGGAGGACAGCUACCCUUAUGCGUCGGGCGAGGGGAUAUCGCCGCCGUGCACGACGUCAGGCCGCACGGUGGGUGCCACGAUUACCGGUCACGUUGAAUUACCGCAGGACGAGGCCCAAAUAGCCGCAUGGCUUGCAGUCAAUGGCCCGGUUGCCGUUGCCGUCGACGCCAGCAGCUGGAUGACCUACACGGGCGGCGUUAUGACGAGCUGCGUCUCCGAGCAGCUGGAUCACGGCGUUCUUCUCGUCGGCUACAAUGACAGCGCCGCAGUGCCGUACUGGAUCAUCAAGAACUCGUGGACCGCGCAGUGGGGCGAGGAUGGCUACAUCCGCAUUGCAAAGGGCUCGAACCAGUGCCUUGUCAAGGAGGAGGCGAGCUCCGCUGCCCAGCAGGGUUUGUUGUUGUUUUUCGUUUUUCGUUUUGUUGUGUUUUUAGUUUUGGUGUUUUGUGUUUGUGGCAUUGUUUUUUUGGUGUUUUUUACUUUUUCCUGGGUAUUUUUCUUGAAUUAUGUUUUGUGUUUGUGUUUUUGUGAGUGUGCUUUCUGCUGUGUUUUCUUUGUCUUACUGCCUUUGUGA